AUGGACACAAAGGCAAGCGCGGAAUGCUGUUGUAGACCCAAAACAAUUAAGUUUCAGUUGUGCAGUGACAAUGCCGACUACUUCUCCAAAGCAAAUUCAUGGAGCGGCUAUAGUGAGCGUAUGGUCAACGUCUCGACGGAUAUUAAAGAGUGUGCGGGAAAACUGCGAAGUCUAGUGACGCAAUUACAAGACAUCGCUCCUAGCUAUGACUACGAUGAGAACACACCAGGAAACGGGUUUAGGUCAUUAGUAUGCAUCUGCGACACCACAGUGCUGCAUCUCAUCUCGCUUCAGAAGAGCGUCAGCGAGCAGCGUGGAUCAUUUGUUUUUCGCCUAGCACAUUACUGCAAAGAGCUGGAAGCCUUCACAAAAGUUGUUCAUUUCCUUAUCGACUCUUUACCAGUGUGCAUAGAAAAUCAAGCGUCCAUGCCGUCUCGGUCAUUAUUUCCACCGCUGGACGGGAACUACGAGAAAUACUAUGAAAUGUUGCGAGCACUAGAACAGCUGGAUGCAACGUGUUUCUAUGGGCGACCAUUGGGCUUUCAAUGCAUAGAAAAUCAAGCGUCCAUGCCGUCUCGGUCAUUAUUUCCACCGCUGGACGGGAACUACGAGAAAUACUAUGAAAUGUUGCGAGCACUAGAACAGCUGGAUGCAACGUGUUUCUAUGGGCGACCAUUGGGCUUUCAAUUCUCACCUUCUGUAAAUAGGAUAUUCCGAGUGAUAGGUAUCGUACUUGCGUCCUACAGUUUAUCAUGGGAAAAAGGACAUGGUCCGAUCGGCUCAAUAAUAAAUACGGGUCGAUUUUUUCUUAGUCCAGAACAGCGAGCAUCACGAAUCGUCAAGGUUACAAAAGAAGCGGAUAUCGACUUUUGUAAGGGAUUCUGGAAUCUGGCGGAAUUGAGCAACAACAUGCCAAAAUGGUUCAGUCCGAAUAUGGCCGUUAAUGAAUUACGCGAGAUCAAUUGGGUGGGUCCCAUCACUUUGGAGACCACUCAAGGCGGUAAAGUGAAAAUACCUGAACCAACAGCACAUACGGGACCACGUCCAGUACAAAUACGUAUCCUAUCACCUGUACACCGACCUCACAUGUCUCCAACGGGUAGUUCAAAUCAGCAACCAGCCUCACCUUAUAUUGUAUUUCAUUGCCAUGGUGGAGGAUACGUCGCCACGUCAAGUAAAUCGCAUGAGACCUACCUCCGAAUGUGGGCAAAGCUUUUGAAUUGUACGGUGGUAUCAGUGGAAUACUCCUUAGCGCCGGAGAAUCCAUUCCCACGGCCCACUGAAGAAGUAAUGUUUGCAUAUGCUUGGAUCAUCAAUAAUCCACAUUUAGUCGGUUGGACUGGCGAGAAAAUGUGUAUGGUUGGCGAUUCAGCUGGUGGUAACUUGAUAAUGUCAGUGAAUCUUCGACUUAUUGAAUUGGACGUGAAAAAGAAGCCAGAUGGUAUCGUCCCCGUAUACACACCUUUUUUAUUUCAGUAUCUACCUUCGCCGUCUCGAUUAUUGAGUGUAAUGGAUCCUCUUCUUCACAUGGGCGUUGUUCUGCGAUGUGUUGCCGCAUACACCGGAGGUCAUGGCAGCUUUCAAAAGAACGAAGAAAACCAAGAUAAUGCUGGCCAUAAAUCCUUGCAGGAGUACGUGGAACAAGUACAGAAAUCGCAACGAUUUGAUUUUGCGAACGUGAAAGAUCCCAAUGAGCAAAUACUACCGACCGAACCCGGCUCCUUUUUCGUAGACAAAGAAAAGCACGAACGGAUUGCUGAAGAUGAUGUCGAAGAGGAUGGUAGCGAGGAGGACGAGGACACGCGGAGUGUGAGCAGUGUUCAUAUCGGCUCUGAUCCCCUGCAUAUACAACUUUCCUCCACAAUCUUCGAUAAUCAACUGCUAAACUACCUCAUCAAACAUCCCACAACUAAAGACUCCUUGACAAUGGUUGACGAGAACGGUGAAGUGGUCGAAGACAUCGACGAAGGCCUUAUGGCAAAUCCAUCAGUACACGACGAGAAGGAGAGGAAACGACCGGGUCUUCUGAAUGUCAUCAGUGGUGCAGCUUCGAACACUGUCCCAAACACGCCAUGUGAAGGUCGAGGCGGGAUCAUCAGCAGCACGUCAUCGAACAAUUUUCAGAACCAGGCUUCUCAGGUGUUGUUUGCACGUCCACUACUCAAGCUCCUACCAGAUACCGGCUAUGAUUUGUCGCAUAAGGAUUCUUCACAAAGUCUUGCUGACACAGCUGUUCUAGCAGCAGGACACGCCCUCGACAAUUUGCAGGAUUGGUUUGAAAAGCCUAGCAAAGAGAAGCAAAAGCUCGAUCGAACCGUUUCAUACGGAACGACUAGAAAAGGAGGUAUUUUUGAAGAAGGCUUUGAGCCAUGCGUACGUAAGUCGUUCAUAUUGGACCUGUUGAGUAAGAGCUCUGUGCCACGUGAUCCGUUGAUAUCGCCAAUGUACGCAACCGAUGAAGUCAUACGACAAUUGCCACCAGUUUAUUUUGUGGUGAUAAUUUCAUUCAAGGCUUGUCAUCUGGAUCCGCUUCUGGAUGACACAAUCGCUUUCGCUCAACGGGUUCAAGCGGCCGGCGGCCGAGUUGCGUCCGUGGACCUGCUGCCUGCUGUUCCACAUGGUUUCCUCAACUUCACUUUAAUGUCUCCAGAAUGUCGUCGUGGUGCCAAGAUCUGUUUGCAACGAAUCAAGGAAGCACUUGGUUACGUGGAAAAUUCGGUGAUUUAG